AUGCCUUACGUUAAUUCGAGUAAGUUGAUAUUGUUUUAGACAUCAACCGGAAGACUGAUCAAUAUUGUUGCUUUUCAACUGAGAUUAUGUCCGCAAUUGAUUUGUAAUAGAACAACACGACCUGUAGAUGCUGAGAAUCCUAAUUUUUUUUGUUUUUAGAGGGCGAGAUUGUAAAUAAUGAGCCAUUUCUCAAGUCUAUGUACAAGUUCUUCUUCGAGAUUUAUUUGGCGUUUAUGAUGUUGUAAGUUCCGGUUUCGUUUUGUUGAUUGAUUUUUAGAGCCUUCUUCGAGAAGUUUUUGCAGUUUCCACUAAAUUAAAGGCUGCUGUUUGUUAGAAAUUAUGGUUCUCAUAUCUGACUUGAAGUAUAACAUAAAAUAAGGGUGAAACUGGUUUCAAUCCUCAAUUAUUUUAGCUUCCGAUCGUUGUUUGGACCCCUUCUCGGCACAUCAGUCGUAGAUCCCGAUGAACAAGACCGGUUUAGGAGCUCAUUGGGUCGCCGCGGUGGAGGAGGUGGUGGUGGUGGAGGAGGAGGCGGUGGUGGCGGAAACUGGCCCGGCCGUCCUGGAGGUAAGCUUUUAAAUUUGUUGUUGCAUUUUUAGAUUGAUUGUCAAUCAGUUUCACAAAGAUUAGUCGAUUUUUAAACGAAAAUUUAUCUUAUCCAUCCUUCAGGUGGUGGCCGUCGUCCAAUUGGCCGGCUGAACACCACAACGACCAACAUUCCAAGUUGUGCUUCCGGUGGUUGCUGUGGAGGAUAA